UGGUGGAGCUGGUCAUCAGUAUGUCCUUUCCUAAGGCGCCCCUGAAACGAUUCAAUGACCCUUCUGGUUGUGCUCCAUCUCCAGGUGCUUAUAAUGUUAACACUUCAGAAGUAUUGAAAGGACCUGUGUCCUUUCAGAAAUCACAACGCUUUCAAAAACAAAAAGAAGCUCAACAAAAUCUUAAUUUUGACCAAGAUACAACCUUGCCUGCUUCAGCAAAAACAGUGAAGAGUUUGGGAUUAAAGAUUCGUGUUCUUGUGCAAGAACGUGGUGCUCAGGACAAGCGGAUCCAGGAUCUGGAAACUGAGUUUGAGAAGAUGGAAGCAAAGUUAAAUGCUGCAGUCAGGGAAAAAACUUCUCUCUCUGCAAAUAAUGCUUCACUGGAAAAGCAGCUUAUUGAAUUAACCAAGACUAAUGAACUUCUAAAAUCUAAGUUUUCUGAAGAUGGUAACCAGAAGAAUAUGAGAAUUCUGAGCCUGGAGUUGAUGAAACUAAGAAACAAAAGAGAAACAAAGAUGAAGAGUAUGCUGGCUAAGCAAGAAGGCAUGGAAAUGAAGCUGCAGGUCACCCAGAGGAAUCUUGAAGAAUCUCAUGGGAAAAUAGCACAGCUUGAGGGGAAACUUGUUUCUGUAGAGAAAGAAAAGAUUGAUGAAAAAUCUGAAACAGUGAAACUCUUAGAAUACAUUGAAGAAAUUAGUUGUGCAUCAGAUCAAGUGGAAAAAUACAAGGUAGAUAUUGCCCAGUUAGAAGAAAGUUUAAAAGAGAAGAAUCAUGAAAUUUUAAGCCUUAAGCAAUCUCUCAAGGAAAAUGCUGUUAUAUUGUCUAAAAAAGUAGAAGACCUGAAUGCUAGAUGUCAGCUGCUUGAAAAAGAAAAAGAAGACCUUGUCAUCAGGGAUAGAGAACAAGUUGAAAAUCUAAAUACUGAGAUACAAAACUUAAAAGAGAAGUUUAUUCUUGAAAGACAAGAACAUGAAAAACUACAACAAAAAGAGUUACAAUUUGAUUCACUUCUGCAAAAAGAGAAGGAAUUAUCUUCUGGUCUUCAGCAAAGACUAUGUUCUUUUCAAGAGGAAAUGAUUAAAGAGAGGAAUCUCUUUGAGGAAGAAUUAAAACAAGCAUUGGGUGAGUUAGAUAAGUUACAGCAAAAAGAGGAACAAGCUGAAAGGCUGACGAAACAACUGGAAGAGGAAACAAAGUCUAAAGGUGAAGAACUAAAAGUCCUGCAAGAGAAACUAAAAGGGUUUGUAUUAAUAGAACUUGUGGAUAAGAUGGAAAGUAAUCAAGUGUCAGUUUGUAAUUUAGAAAGCUGCUUUGACCUUUUUUUUUUUUUUUUUUUAAUCUAUAAAACAUUAACAACUAGUGAGAUCGAAGACCUUAAGCGGGAGAACUCGUCACUACAGGAAAAAGUGGUCAAGGCUGAAAAAAGUGCUGAGGAUGUUCAAUAUCAGGUCUUGGCAACUGAUAGUGCAAAUCAAGAAUAUGCAAGGAUGCUUCUAGAUCUGCAGACCAAAUCAGCACUGAAAGAAGCAGAAAUUAAAGAAAUUACAGUUUCUUCUCUUAAAAAAAUCACUGAUUUACAGAACCAACUCAAGCAACAAGGUGAAGACUUUAAAAAACAAUUGGAAGAAGCAGCAAGAAAAACUGAAAAAGAAAAUAUAAUGGUAGAAUUAACUGAAGAAAUUAAUAAGUGGCGUCUCCUUUAUGAAGAACUGUAUAAUAAAACAAAACCUUUUCAGGAACAACUGGAUGCAUUUGAAGCAGAGAGACAGGCUUUGUUGAAUGAGCAUGGUGCAGCUCAGGAUCAGCUGAAUAAACUGAGUGAUUCAUAUGCUAAGCUGCUGGGCCAUCAGAAUCUGAAGCAAAAAAUCAAACAUGUUGUGAAAUUGAAAGAUGAAAAUAGCCAGCUCAAAUCGGAAGUGUCAAAACUCCGCUCUCAGCUUGCUAAGAAAAAGCAGAGUGAGACAAAACUUCAGGAAGAAUUGAAUAAAGCUCUGGGUAUCAAGCACUUUGAUCCUUCAAAGGCUUUUCAUCAUGAAAGUAAAGAAAAUUUUGCCCUCAAAACUCCAUUAAAGGAAGGUAAUACAAACUGCUACUAA